GAUGCUGAAGAUGCUCUCUUUUAAGCUGCUGCUGUUAGCCGUGGCUCUGGGCUUCUUUGAAGGAGAUGCUAAGUUUGGGGAAAGAAGCGAAGGGAGCGGAGCGAGGAGGAGAAGGUGCCUGAAUGGGAACCCUCCGAAGCGCCUGAAAAGGAGAGAUAGGCGGAUGAUGUCCCAGCUGGAGCUGCUGAGUGGGGGAGAGAUGCUGUGCGGUGGCUUCUACCCUCGGCUGUCCUGCUGCCUGCGGAGUGACAGCCCCGGGCUGGGGCGCCUGGAUAGCAAGAUGUUUUCUGUUACCAACAACACAGAAUGCGGGAAGUUACUGGAGGAAAUCAAAUGUGCACUUUGCUCUCCACAUUCUCAGAGCCUGUUCUACUCACCUGAGACAGAAUCCUUGGAAAGAGACCUGGCACUUCCCCUGCUCUGCAAAGACUAUUGCAAAGAAUUCUUUUAUACUUGCCGAGGCCAUGUUCCAGGUUUCCUUCAAACUACUGCUGAUGAGUUUUGCUUUUACUAUGCAAGAAAAGAUGGUGGCUUGUGCUUUCCAGAUUUUCCAAGAAAACAAAUCAGAGGACCAGCAUCUAACUACUUGGACCAGAUGGAAGAAUACGACAAAGUGGAAGAGAUCAGCAGAAAGCACAAACACAACUGCUUCUGUAUUCAGGAGGUUGUGAGUGGGCUGCGCCAGCCCGUCAGCGCCCUGCAUAGUGGGGAUGGCUCACACCGUCUCUUCAUUCUGGAAAAAGAAGGUUACGUGAAGAUACUUACCCCUGAAGGAGAAAUUUUCAAGGAGCCUUAUUUGGACAUUCACAAACUUGUUCAAAGUGGAAUAAAGGGAGGAGAUGAAAGAGGACUACUAAGCCUUGCAUUCCAUCCCAAUUACAAGAAAAAUGGAAAGCUCUAUGUGUCUUAUACCACCAACCAAGAGCGGUGGGCUAUGGGGCCUCAUGACCAUAUUCUCAGAGUUGUGGAAUACACAGUAUCCAGAAAAAAUCCCCAUCAGGUUGAUCUGAGAACAGCCCGAGUGUUUCUUGAAGUCGCAGAACUCCACAGAAAGCAUCUGGGAGGACAGCUGCUCUUCGGUCCUGACGGCUUUCUGUACAUAAUCCUCGGUGACGGGAUGAUCACUCUGGAUGAUAUGGAAGAAAUGGAUGGGUUAAGCGACUUCACAGGCUCCGUGCUCCGGCUGGACGUGGAUACUGCCAUGUGCCACGUGCCUUAUUCCAUACCCAGGAGCAACCCGCACUUCAACAGCACCAACCAGCCCCCGGAAGUGUUUGCCCACGGCCUCCACGAUCCAGGCAGAUGUGCUGUGGAUCGACACCCCACUGACAUAAACAUCAAUUUAACAAUACUUUGUUCAGACUCCAACGGAAAGAACAGAUCAUCAGCCAGAAUCCUACAGAUAAUUAAGGGAAAAGAUUAUGAAAGUGAGCCAUCACUUUUAGAAUUCAAGCCAUUCAGUAAUGGUCCUUUGGUUGGUGGAUUUGUUUACCGAGGCUGCCAGUCGGAAAGACUUUACGGAAGCUACGUGUUUGGAGAUCGUAAUGGGAAUUUCUUAACCCUCCAGCAAAGUCCUGUGACCAAGCAAUGGCAAGAAAAACCACUCUGUCUUGGCAACGGUGGUUCCUGUAGAGGUUACUUUUCAGGUCACAUUUUGGGAUUUGGAGAAGACGAAUUAGGUGAAGUUUACGUUCUAUCAAGUAGUAAAAGUAUGACCCAGACUCACAAUGGAAAACUCUACAAAAUUGUAGAUCCCAAAAGACCUCUGAUGCCUGAGGAAUGCAGGGCCACGGUCCAGCCUGCCCAGACCCUGACCUCGGAGUGCUCCCGGCUCUGUCGGAACGGCUACUGCGCGCCCACAGGAAAGUGCUGCUGCAGUCCCGGAUGGGAAGGGGACUGGUGCAGAGUCGCGAAAUGUGAGCCAGCGUGUCGCCACGGCGGUGUCUGUGUUAGACCCAACAAGUGCCUCUGUAAAAAGGGAUAUCUUGGUCCUCAGUGUGAACAAGUGGACGGAAACCUCCGCAGAGUGACCAGGGCAGACAUCACCUAGAUGAAACACCUUUACCCUGUCCUGUAAAAUACUAAAGUUACAUUUUUCACCAACUUAAUUGGAAAGAAGGGGAGUGAGAAAGCAAACAGUCUUUAAUGUGCUGAGGAUCUAAUCUAGCAGUGUAUCCUUGUGCCAACAUGUAAUCAUUACCGACGGAUGAAAAAGCAAGAAAACAGCCACUCCUUAUAAAAUUCCAGCAUUAAACCUUUGUAAAGUGCUUUUCACCAUAGCAAGACUGUCAGAGUAUAUGUGAUGGGAACGUUGCAGGUUUCACCCUGAAUCGCCUCACUGGAAAAGAGUUCACUCGUUUUUAACAAAUCUUGCCUGUGUAAGCUGUCACUUGUACAAAUUUUUAAUAUGAUCAUUCUUGCCAAAUAUGACUUUCAAUGUAUACGUUCCUUCGGAACUCAGUGAAAAUCCUCUCUGGUUCAUUUAUGAAUAAAUUUCCUGUAAAUGUUCUGUUCGGGUUUUUCAAGAAAUGCCACGUUCUAAGUUAAACUGCAAGAAGUCUGGUACACAUUUUUCUUCAUGGUUUUUGAGGCCAUCCUGCCACGUUUGGAUUAUAAUGAAAUUAUCAGGCCUCUUUGCCCCACUGAACAAACAUUGACUCAUGACAUGUGGGCACCUACUAUAGGUUGCCCUUCUCUAAACAUCUGUUCCUCCAGAAUCUAAAUUGUAGAGCAGGACAGAUUAUACAGCACAGACUGACUUCCCAAACCUGCUCCUUACCUUUACGAAAAGGAGCCUCGAUUUCAAAAAUAAACAAAUUCUUGUAACUAAUAUUUGUCUAUUGUUUUCAAGCGAGAGAUUUGCAAAUAAAGCACAGUGAGAAACCACAACAUAGAAAGGUUGGUUAAGUACUCUGCUCUUGUCUCCCAUAUAUGAUUACUUAAGUUUCAAGUGACCUCAUGCCCAAUGGAAAUGGGUUGACAAAUCUUGGUGCAGUGCUUAGGGAACAAUAGACUGCAUUAAAAAGUGCAUGCAUAAUUUUGCACAAUUUAGAUUUCAAUUGACGGUCUAUUCAAAGAAGUCUCAGGAUUAAAUGAGCAUGGAGACCAAAUUGCCCUCUUACCCCAGAAAAGGGGUGGUCCCUUAUAGUCACACGAACACUUCAUUGGCCCAACAGUGUGACAAAUCUUGCAGUGAACCCUGUACUAGCCCACAUCUGUAGGUUAAUAGCAGUCUUUUGUCCUCUUUGCUUUCUCUUCAUAGCCCUUUUACUGAAUUCCAUCACAGAAAGUUUUACAAUUAAAAAAAAAAAUGUCCUGACAACCAUUUUUGUAAAUGGACCUUAACCAUCUCAUCGUCCCUUAUUCAACGUGGGUGACAUUCACAAAACGUGAACUUCUUGUGAGGGAGCCAGCUGUCUAAAUCUGUCAAAUUGUGCAGUUUUAUUACACAUUCUCCUGUACAUAGUUUCACUGAAA